AUGCGUUUUAGAAUCCUCCUCCUGAUUCUGUCAGCAGCGUACUCUCUCUUAACCUACCGCCCCAGUGUUGUGGUUGCAGGACCGAUGAGAGCCACAGUCUCCAAUCUUACCAAUCUGGCUGAAGCCAUGGCCUACCAUCGAGACGCAUAUCUACUCUGCCUAUCACUCAUGUCUGAGCAUAACACAGCGGAGCGUUCAAAGGCAUCUCCAACCGCCAUCUACCACCCCCGAGUCACCGCCGGCGUAUCGUCAAUUCGUCUCCACCUCACGAACACGAGACUCAACCGCCCGCCGACUCGAAUCACUAUCGCCCUCGGCUCUGCUCCGACCGCUCUAAACUCUCCGCCAUGCACCUCACCAGCUGAGCAUGAACGCUCGACCGUAACCCUUAAUCAUCGCUUUCCCGCACCCACCAAGUCCUAUGCCGAGUCUAUCUGCUCUGAUGAAGAAGCUGCCAGACAAACAUCCAGACCUCCGUUGUUUCCAUACUUGGACAUCCUUACUACAGAGGAGGAGGACGAUAUCAUCCGGGCAGUCAGGAGCAAGCAUGAGACUGAGACCAAACGGUUCCUUAUGCAGCUUUGGCUCUUUAUCGGUGGACUGUUUGUCUGGUGGUGGGCGCUCCUCGGUUGGUAG